UUGGCAGCUAUGGAAAGGAAAGACCUUGGUGGUGAUCCUUAAAACAAUACCAUGCCGGAGCCCAGCUGUUCUGCCACUUUCUCCCCUUUCAACCUGCCGGACCCGGUGGGCUUUGGGUGAUCGACCGAGGAGGAGCCACCUCCGCGGGAGCAGGUAAAGGCUCGCUGAUUCUCUGUGGAUUGACAGGGUCUCGCUUUGACCAAAGUGUGCCCUGAAUACCUUUCUUUCCCUAAUUUGAAGUGUGGGCUGGAUGAGGGGCAGAGGCAGGGAGGGGGACAGGCGCAAUUCCGCCGAACCUCUCGGAGACUGUGGGGCAGAAGUUUUUCGUAUUUCCACUUUCCUCCGUGACCGGGGGGAACAGGGGGGUAGAAAUGCCUGUGGUCAACAAAGAUCUGCUUUACCUUACGUGUUAGCGACAGGUUGGUAAUACCGGGGACGCGGAGAAGGGACGGGUGGAGAGAGGAUGAAGAAGACUUAGAGGAAAUUUUCAGGAGAAAAUGCACCGGCUUUCCAUCAGCUUCAGGAAAGAGCUAUAAAUCAUGUGUAAAGAAGUGCUUUGAAAAGUAUGCAGAGCUUUAAUUAGAUACUAUAAAAAAAAAAAAAAAAAAAAAAAAAAGACAGGUCUUGAAAAAGUCAAAAAGGAACAACCUUGAAAAAGGUUGUUCAUUCAGCUUUGGACCCUACGGGGCUUCUGCUCCUUUCAUCCCUCGGGACCAGCUGGGAGCUGCAGGCAGAGAUUCGAAUUGAGAGCAGCCCCGGCUCUUUGACGGGAGCAGCAGAGGCUGGCCCCGCGGCUCUGCACCGCGCCAGACCCGCUCUCCCCGAGCAGCCCAGCCCCGCGGAGCUGCCGAGAGCCCGGGGGUCCAUCCCCAGGGGAGGCUAGAGCAGACCCCGGCCCCGAGGCAACAAUACCGCCGGGGGGGGAGAGGGGAGCGGGGUCUCCCCCUCAGCUCCUCGCCCCUCGCCGGGCUACCUGCACUCCCCCUUCCGAGCCCCCCCCAUCACGCCCCGCAUCCGCGUAGGUGAGGGCACGGAGGGGCUCGGCUCGGGGCUACGGACCGCGGGGGCUCCGCCAGACCCCCCCGCAGGGCCCGGGGCGGGUGCGGGGGCCGGCAACACCGCGCCCGGGGCUGCCCCGCGCCCGGGUUCCUCGGCAGGGCUCGUUGAGCUUUGGAGGCGUGAAUAAUUCAGCCCUCCCCAAGCGAAGGGCGAAGGAGGUGCGGAGACAAUGGCGAGUGAUUCAGCUCCCGAGGAAGGCCAGAUCCAGCAGAUAGCUGAUAUGAGAACUUUGCUGACUUCAGAAAGCUGAGUGUAACACCAACAGACUUCAGUCAAAGGAAAUAUUAUCCUUCCAAGCAACUCAUACACAGACAACUUCUGGUAGCUUUAAAUUAACUGGUUGCUCACCUGGAAAGAUACUGCUAUUUUUUCUUUCAGCACACAUGGAGGAAGUCAACAAACUUGGUAACCCUGGCUAAUAAGACUGUGGCUUUCUUAUUAAAAGUAGGAGGUAGGCCAACUGUAAAAGGAUUAUUUUAUACUUAGCCUGCAGGACUUUAUCUCUGCCUGAACACUGGACAUAAACCGGAGCCAAUUGUAAUGACCUGAGAUUUUGCUACCUGUGCUUUGUUAUUGUUAUCAGUUCUUUAACGCUUUGGUACUUUAUUUCUUUAAAUUAGAAAUGGGUUUCUGGACUAGAAUGUGGCCCACAGACUGGGCUGUUCUCAUAAAAUCAUGGUUUAUCUUUUCCCUGGGGCUCUACAUGCAGGUCUCUAAAACUGUGGCUUGUCCAAAAGUGUGCCGCUGUGACCGAAACUUUGUCUACUGUAAUGAGCGAAGCUUGACCUCAGUGCCUCUUGGGAUACCAGAGGGUGUAACCGUCCUCUACCUCCACAAUAACCAAAUUAAUAAUGCUGGAUUUCCUGCAGAGUUGCACAAUGUUCAGUCUGUGCACACGGUCUACCUGUAUGGCAACCAGUUGGAUGAAUUCCCCAUGAACCUGCCCAAGAAUGUCAGGGUUCUCCACCUGCAGGAAAACAACAUUCAGACCAUUUCUCGGGCUGCCCUUGCUCAGCUAUUGAAGCUGGAAGAACUGCACCUGGAUGACAACUCCAUCUCCACUGUUGGGGUUGAGGAUGGGGCAUUCCGAGAAGCCAUUAGCCUCAAGCUUCUGUUCUUGUCCAAGAAUCACUUAAGCAGUGUACCAGUAGGCCUUCCAGUGGACUUACAAGAACUUCGAGUAGAUGAAAACCGCAUUGCUGUCAUUUCAGACCUGGCCUUCCAGAAUCUUACAAGUUUGGAGCGUCUGAUUGUGGAUGGCAAUCUCCUUACUAAUAAAGGCAUAGCUGAAGGCACCUUCAGCCACCUCUCCAAGCUCAAGGAAUUCUCAAUAGUGCGGAAUUCACUGACCUACCCUCCUCCUGAUCUUCCAGGUACACAUCUGCUAAGGCUCUACUUGCAGGACAACCAGAUAACCCAUAUACCACUUACAGCCUUUUCAAAACUCCAUAAACUGGAACGUCUUGAUAUUUCCAACAAUCAGCUUCGGAUGUUGGUAAAGGGGGUAUUUGAUAAUCUCCACAACCUGAGACAACUCACUGUAAGGAAUAAUCCCUGGCUGUGUGACUGCAGUAUAAAGUGGGUCACUGAAUGGCUCAAAUUUAUUCCUUCUUCCGUCAAUGUACGGGGUUUUAUGUGCCAGCGACCAGAACAGGUCCGAGGUAUGGCAGUCAGGGAACUCAAUAUGAAUAUGUUGUCAUGCCCCACCACCACUCCUGGUCUGCCACUUAUCAUCACCCCAGUCCCAGCUACAGCCAAGCCAACUACAUUAGUUUCCCCCUCAUCCGUUCCUCCCCCAAGUAGCAGGUAUAAUCCCCUGACUCCCACCAUAGUCACACUCCCCACUGUGCCUGACAGGGAGGACAGAGAAAGGGUGACACCUCCUAUAUCUGAACGGAUUCAACUCUCUAUCCAUUUUGUGAAUGACACUUGCAUCCAGGUUAACUGGAUAUCUCUUUUUACCGUGAUGGCAUAUAAACUCACAUGGGUUAAAAUGGGCCAUAGUCUGGUAGGAGGAAUUGUUCAGGAGCGUAUAGUUAGUGGUGAGAAGCAACACUUGAGCUUGGUAAAUCUGGAGCCCAAAUCCACCUAUCGGAUUUGCUUGGUUCCACUGGAUGCUUAUAAUAAUUACCGAACAGGAGAAGACACUGUCUGUUCAGAAGCCACAACCAAGGCUUCCUUUUUGAACAAUGGCAGCAACAUCCCCUCCAGCCAUGAGCAGACAACUUCUCAGAACCUGAGCUCCCCAUUUCUGCUGGCAGGGUUGAUUGGGGGUGCAGUGAUACUUGUCCUCGUGGUCCUGCUCAGCAUUUUUUGCUGGCACAUGCACAAAAAGGGGCGUUACACCUCCCAGAAGUGGAAAUAUAACCGGGGCCGUCGGAAAGAUGACUACUGUGAGGCAGGGACCAAGAAGGACAACUCCAUCCUGGAGAUGACAGAAACCAGCUUCCAGAUCGUCUCCUUAAAUAACGAUCAGCUCCUUAAAGGAGAUUUCAGACUGCAGCCCAUAUAUACCCCAAAUGGGGGCAUUAACUACACAGACUGCCACAUCCCCAACAACAUGCGAUACUGCAACAGCAAUGUCUCAGACCUGGAGCACUGUCAUACGUGAUAGUGUGGGGAGAUGGGGGUGUCUAGGACAAAGAGAAAAAACUCUGGAAGAAGUAAUGCCCCCCCAACAACAAUGAAAAAAUUACAUUUGAUAAAUGUUACGCAGAUGCAUUUAUGCAUUUGAAUACUCUGUAAUUUAUACGGUGUACUAUAUAAUGGGAUUUAAAAAAGUGCUAUCUUUUCUAUUUCAAGUUAAUUGCAAAUGGUUUUGUAACUCUUUGCUUUUUAAAUCUUUAAAAAAUAUUGCUAAGUACUGUACAGGGUUGUACAAUAAGAACCCAAUGUCAUGGCAAAGGAAAGAUUGACUCAUUCUUCAACCAUUAACCACUUUGCUGUCGAAGCUGUCUGAAGGAUAAGUUCCUAGGUGUCCUGUAGUACAGGAAAAUAAGUGCAUAUUAAAACAGGGUCACUAGGAACGGCCAAAAGCAAUUCAGAUAAAAUGGGUACAACCCUUUUGACUCAAAUCCAGCAGUUGCUGUUCAACUUUAAACAAUUUAAAGUACUUCUGUUCCCUUUUGUCAAUUCUGUAUUUCCUACCUCCAACUCAAAGCUGGAGUUCUGACUGCUACCAAAACAGGCUACUUUUUGUAUGAUUGUUUUUCCCCAAUAUGCUUGGAAUAGGACAGGUAGACAGAACUCAGUGUCAAAUUCAAAGUGACCUUGAAUCCUAUUUGCAAAAGCUAUUCUGAAAAUGUCCCCCAGUAUCAUAUACGUUUAUGUUAGAAACUGUUCUUGCUUUUCAUUAUGAUUAAGAGGCUUUAGGCAUUCUUUGACCCGUCUCAGUGGGAGAUGAAGGUUAUCAGUACGUAACAGAUAGUUGUCAUUAGGUUGCACCUCUCUUUAAUAGAGCAGCAUUUGUUGACACAGCAUGUUCAGGUGAAACCUGAAAGAGAGAAAUUCUAAGCACUCCCAACUCUGCAGUAUUCAUGUAGAAUUUGCAGUCUAGAAGUGUAAAUUUUGAAAAUACGUUGCAAAAUAUAAUGCCAAUGGAAAGGUUGCCAUUGACUUUUAUGGUUCAAGCUCUGUUUGAUUCAGAGGUCUGAGUUAUGUUCGUUAUGAAGUAAGAAACAAACAAACAAACAAAUGCACAUACAAAAACAAAACAAAAAAAAUAAAUGAGAAAUAUAUAUAUUUUUAAUUUUUAUCUUUAUUUAUUACUGGAAAGGCCAUCAGGCCUAUUGUGAACUGAACUACAUUCAGCAGGGAAAAUCAUGUAUAAAUUAGUUUUUUUUGUUUGUUUGUUUGUUUUCUGUUCAAGUGAACAGAGAUGGACACUAACUAAGAAAUUUUUAGAACAUAAGUAUACUCUGUCGUGCCAAAUUACCCUUCUUUUAUGUUAAGCUUUUUGGAAGUUUUCCACAAUGAUAUGUGCUUUAAAAUCAGUAGGUGGGCUUAGAUUUUUAUUCCCUCAAAUUCUUUAGCUGGAAUCACUUCUAAGUGAUGCACUAUGUGAAACUCCAUGGUUAUAUUAAAACCAUGAUGCUGAUCUCAAAAUUGUACAAUCUUCCAGCAACUUCACUAAAUCUGUGACUGCCAAGAACUCUGAAUUUCUUGCCAGCUCAGUGGUGGAAUUAAAAUCUUUUUUCUCUUUUCCCCCACCAUUUUUUUUUUUAGCUUACUUUCUCCUGAACUUGGGGGCAGGGAAAAGUUCACAAAGAAAAAGGAAAAAAGAAAGUUUUUUUUUUUUUUUUUUUUUUUUUUUUUUUUUGAGGGAGUAGGGAACCAAAGAGAAAACUUUAUACAGUGACCAACUAGGGACGAGAAGUUGUUAGAAGUGGAUUGACAGUAAAAGCUGGAGCACUUUCACUGUGCAAUGCUUAGACUUUUUACUUUAUAAGGCUGCUUAUGUUGGGAGAGAGGGUUUUAAUCCUUUCCUUUGCUCAUUUCCUCAACUCAUUCUUGAAAUCCAGCAGUCUGUGAGUGUGCACUUUCUCAAAUUCAAAUUGUAUGAUAACACUCAUUUUCUGCAAAAACAGAAUGAAUCUAGUUAUGGUCGAUGGCAAAGUACAAUCACGAUAUAAAGAACUGCAUCCUCCCCCCAGCACCUUUUAGAAUCACAAUUUGAAAUUCCAGUCUAUAUUCUGUAUAUUUGUUAUUUUCUCCAGCUAUAACAGGUAUUGUAGGCAACCUGUGCGGCUACUGUAAUAGUAAACUCACUGAAAUUUUGCUGAAUAAAAGGCUGCCAUGAUUUCUAAUGGUGUAUUUCUAGGUAGAGAUGUCUAUGCAAAGUCUUUUAUCUGUGACCUAUCUGAUCUAGAUUAUGAUGGGGAGGUUGAUACUUUGUUUUGUUCAUUUAAUGUGUUUUAGCUGCCAAAGCCCACAAGACAAGCAGCAGAUAGUUGUGCUUCUGCACACUUCCAUUGCACGCUGGAUACAUAAAAGUUUUUUUGAGAUUAAGUAGAGGCAGAGAGUCCCAUUGGGUGUGGAUGUAGCAUUUAAUUUCACUGAAAUAACUAGCUAUAUAUUUGAUUUCAAAGGCAUCCUUUGAAUGUGUGCACAUACUAGCAUUUCAUAUUUCAAUGACUGAUGCUGGAGGAAUCUUAAUACUCCUUUGAACAUCUUCUGUUCUAGGCCUCAGGAUACCAUGGUUUUAAGAUGAGUUAGGCGCCUUAUUUGUAGCAAAUCUCUUAUUCAGGGAGUUCAGCUGUACUCUAAGUGAAAGAUCCACAAGCCCAAACUGAAGACAACAAAUGUGGUUAUUAUUCUAAUAGGGUAAAAACAGAAGGCAUUCACAAACUGUUUGGGUUAAUCUCAGAUGACAAAAUGUAUAUAUAUAUAUAUAUGUGUGUUUGGAGUAUUACUGACUUACCUAGAUAAAAAAAUCAAAAUGAUAUUAAAGACAGCAUAGUUUAUGCUUCUUUUUGGUAUGAAGAAAAAGAUAUAUUUUUAUGUGAUAUUGACAAAGUUUCUUUUCAAUAAGUACACUUCUGAAAAAAAAAAAAAAAGAAAAAAAAAGAAAGAAAAAAGUAAAAAGCCACUUAUACCAAAAUUCCUGGAUAGAGCUGGGAGUAUUAUUUAAACAAAUUCACAGCUGUAGUCAACCAAAAGGUCAUAUGUUGCAUUUGAAGAAUGUUUCUUCCAAUUCUAAUUGCUACCCAGCUGCAGAAGAUUUCAUAUAUUUCAACCUACAGCAGAGUUUGGGAUGUUUCGAAGUGUCAGUCACACAGACAACUGAAGCUUGAUUUCAAAACGCAUCUAGACAAAUACAUAAUGAGCAGUUUUCACCAGAUAAAUUUUUUUUUUUUGAAUAAAAAGAAAAGGUUAAAAAUGGACAGUGAUCUUUUGGUGAUAUAAAUUUUAAUAAUCGGUAGCUUUUUCCUUGUGCUUAUGAACAUGGGGUCAUCUUCACUUAGUACAAAUAUCUGACCACAAAUAACUGAAGAGAACUAUAGAGCAGUAGUCCUCAAUGAAUGCAUAUACAACUCAUUAGAAACCCCUAAACUCUAGGUCCUGGUUAGCAAGGGUUCAUUGAACCUGGGGACAAAUGAAUGGUUUACAUACAACAUCUCAUCUAUCAUCCAUUGUACGCUGCUAACAGCUGACAUAAAUGUUAAUAGCUGAUAAGAUUGCUGAGUGGAAUACAAUAAGAAUCUAAGUGAAAUUAUGUUAAACUGGUAUCACAACACUGCUUUGUCCAGUGCUGUGGUUCCUUCUGAAGACUUACUUAUUUACAACCUGGUCCUUGUUUUCACAGAUUCUGUCACUUCCUUGCAUGUAGCUUGUUAGCAGAAACAAACACCUAAUGGAUGCAUGGACUUUUGGAUUUUACUGGAGACACUGUUAUUGAAUUUAUUCAUAAGAAUAUUUAGGCAUAGAGUUACUUUUGAAUGAAAAUAUAUCAGCAAUUUUUUUCUGUAAGCCAAUAAAGAAAUACAAUGGAUGUGAUGAUAAAAGAAAAAUGCAAUAGCUUAUGCUAUUUGCUACUAGAGUAGAUCAACUAUAUUUUUCUCUCAAUCAUUUUCUCUUUUCAUGAGAGAAAAUUUCUCCCUCUAAGAAAAGUAUUGAUUUAAUUUUGCAAGCAAAAGUACUUGUGCAUAUUGUAUCGUUGUUAUGAUUUUAAGGGUCUACAUAAGGCACUUUAUUGAUGACAUUGAAAUGAAAGUUCAGGCUCAGCUUUUGACAGUGAAGUGGUUAACGCCCAUUAAAUUCUCCAUUUAUAGUACUUUUUCAAUUUAAAUUAUAACAUGGAAAUAUUAAAGCUUUUUUUUUCUUUCUUUCUUUUUCCUUUAAAGCAUGAGAAUAAUGGUUUUAGUCAUAAUUUAUCUUUCUAGCUCAGUGGAAAAACAAACAAAAACAACAACAACAAAAAAAGAAUGUGCCAAAACCAAAUGUUACUGGCUCUAAGCCUCAUCAAAUACUGCCUGAUGAUCUCUUCUAAACACAAAGAUAAUCCUAUGAAGCUGAUGAACACUCCUUCCCUGAACUCUGCUGAACAGGGCACUUUGUAUCCCAUAUGAUACUACAGGCAAUAUUGAAGCAUUUGGCAUUAAACUUUUGUACAGCAUAGAAUGUGUUGAUAUUUAAAAGGACACUGGCUAGUGGUCCAUCUGGAAAACUAGUCCAAAAAGGAUCUGGCUGGGGCUCUGUGGAAGUGUGCCUCAUGAGAGCUGAGUUCUGAUCCUCUCAGAAACACAAGCUACUAAAUAAUUUGUCAUGUCACUUGGUCCCAAAUAUCUGAAGAUCUUUCAUAAAAUUGAUUUUAACUGAGACAUGCACACUUGAUUCUGUUCUGUGUUUGGUAUAUUUUCUAUCUUUAACAUGGAAAAAUAGAUUAUUUGAAGUUUGCAUUAUCUGUUUUCUGCAAUCUGCCAUGUUGCACGCAUUGUUAACUUCGAAAUCUCACUAUACACUAUAUAUUAUCUUGUUGACAUAUUCAGUAAAGAGUUAUUUAAAAAAAUACAACAAUCCUACUGUAUUUAUAUGAACAAGUUAAUUAAAACAAGGAUGUGAACAUCUGAGAAGGAAAACAGAAAAAGGAAAAUAUCAACUUCUGUACUUUCAGUCCUGGAAAUAUUUUCAAAUAUUUUACUGUAUGUCCACCUUCUCUUCAGAUUCUAAAGGACAAAUAUUUUCAUCUUCUAUCUGUCAAAGAGUUAAACCAUUUGUUAAUUUAAUUGCUCAGAUUUAAUCUUAUGUUUAUAAGAUAUUUAUUUUGAUACGCAUAUAGGAAAGCACUGUAAAACAAGAACAGAUUGUAAUCCAGUGUUUGAAGAUAGUAGAUACACUUAAGCAACUACACACAUCUAUAACAAAUAUAUAUGUGGAAGCUGUGACCCAUUAUAUGCAUAGUCAUUCGAAAAAUGCAUUUGACGUUCAUCCUUGACAAUCUUAAACCCGCAUUUUGUCUAUUUAAACUUUCCUUGAAAUGAAAUGUGAUUUUUUUUUCCCAAUUCUCCCUUCAAAAUUGCUCUUGACUUUUCAGAAUGCACAACAUUAAGACAUAAGCCUUAAUAAAUUUUUGUAUAUCUUAUACCUAACAUGUAUGGUAAUAUAUACAGUAUGUAUGAAAAGAUGCUAUAGGUACUUGGGAAUGAAAAUUCUCCUUAAUCUAGUUACAUAUACAGGAACUAUUUUUUGGCAUUGACAGAACCUGAAAUAUUGAAUGUUACAAGCUGUGUCAUUUCAAAGUUUAGAACUGUAAUACUGCUGAGUGUCAAAAUUCCUCUGUAAAUUGUCCCAUUCUCUGUCUUAACCCUGAAUGCCAUUGAAAACUACAAUAGCUGCUGUGCAAUACAUCCACAUCUACACCACUCUCUCCUCCCCUUACUAUGCUUCCCUGAACUUGAUGUUCCCUUGGAGACAGAUUAAACCCUGGUACCUAAGUUAACUUCUUGUUUUACCAUGGGAAGGUGGAGAAUAGAUGUAAUAGAAAUAUAAACACUGUUGACUAUUUUGGUAUUCUGUCAAAAAAUAAUUGCAUCAUCAUUUUCAAGCAAUGGUUUUGUUUUGUUUGUCUCAAAAAAAAAACCUGACAAAUAGCCCUCAGUGAUUUAUCCUAGUAGAGACCAAUAUUUACAUUUAUUUAGUUGUAACCUUAGUUUUCUGUAGCUGUACACAUACAUGUGUUUGUAUUUAAGUUCCUGGGGCUUUCUACAGAGGGUUUAGCUACGAGGAACUCUCAAAUCAAGCAUGUGGAAGAGUAUUUUUCAACAGUUUUCAGUCAACGUUUUUCACUAUCUCAUUUUAAAUAGGAUGCUUCUAUAUAAGAAAAGUUAUGGCGCCAUAAGGAGAGACUAUGUUCAGUCAUUAAAGUAUGAAACAAAUAUUUUAAUUCUGUUUGAAGUACCAAUGUCAAAAAAGGCUCAAGUUAAGAACCACUAAAAAUUCUAUUACACAGGUAGAUGAUAUUUUAAAAAUAAUUUACAUUCUUAAAACAAAUUAGUACAGUGUUAUGGUGAGCUCCUUGCCCCACUAAUUUCAACUAUAAAUCAGAAUAUUUAUAGGAAUAUGUCAGAAGGAUUAUUGAAAAAAUCCAGUAUGCUAUAUUGUAUAAUGUCACACUGUACCCUCAUGUGAAAUACAUUUACCAAGCAAGACAGAAGGCCUAUGCAUCACAUUAUAAGCUUGCUAUCUCUUUUGAAAAGGUAGGGGUGGAAUGAAAUACAAAUACUUCAUAGAAAAUGAGACAGGAGAGAAAUAAGUACAGGACAACAUUGCCCAGUCCACAGCCACACAAAAUAUAGACUUCAAAAUCCCCAAAUAGGCCACUGAGCAUAGCAAGAAUGUUCUUUUACAUAUAGACAUAUUUUCUGUUUAAAACUCCAUGUGCUAGCUAACAUGCGUGACUACAAAAAUGCAUGUGUGAGUUUGUAUUAUAGUUACACUUUUGUGGGGGCAUCUCAUAUAGAAUAAGUACAAUCUUGUCUCUCUGAAAUUGGUCCAUUACUUACCUUAUUCAUACAUAGAAGUGACGAAGUCAAAAGUCAUGCUCAUUACACUAUUCUGUUUUUCUAAGCGUAGAAUGCCUUGAAGAAUGAAGACAUAUAAACUAUUAUGGAAAAUCCAACUCAUAUGAACUGUUGUGUUUACAACUUGAAUAUGCUCUGUGCAAAAGCAAGACAUCUCUGAAUAAUCAUCAAAGUGUUAAGGUGAACAUGACUAUUCUUGAAAAGCACAAUUGCCAGAAAGAUUUCAUUAAAAUGCUGUAUUUCUCAAGUGAAAUCAAUAUUUCAACUUCUAGAAACUUUGAACACGUGAUCUCACAGAUAAAUAAAAUUCUUUGUGAUGAGGACUGGAAAAAUGUACCUAAAGAAUGGAAUAACCUAAUUUUUAUACUUUGAAACAGACUAUUGAUGAAGGAAAAAGAAAUUUCGUCCAGUGAAGAUGAAAUAUAGUAGUAAUUAUGGACAGAAUACAGAGAUACUCCUCUUUAUUUUUAUAGCUAUAUGUUUGUAACAUAACUAUAUUUUUCCUUUUUUUUUUUAAUUUCCUUCGUAAUUUUCAGAUCAUUUAAGCCCACUUCUAAAACAUAUACAAUAUUCCAAAACAAUGAAAUUCCCAGAAAUACCUGUGAUACCUUUCAAUGAAUAGAAUUAAGAAAAUGCAAUAAAUUUAUUAUUUACAGGAAAUGCACAAUACUUUCUCAAAGCUUUAGAAGUGGUUACAAAAAAAAAAAAAAAAAAGAGAGGAGAAAAGGAUGACUGGCAAACUAGAAUAGCUUUCUGUUUCUAGUUAUUAUAAGUCUUUCCAAAUUUCUAACCCACUCACUUGAAUUUCAAACUUUGACUUGACCUGAAAGUCAAAUGAUUUAAAUGAGUCUUACAAGCCUGACCUCAUAUAUCUUCACAAACUGGUUUGUGUAUUCACUGUUCAGGAACCAGUAUGUAAUUCAUUGCUCUCUGACUUCCAAUGCAAAUGUUAGGAAUUUUUCCCCAUUAAAGAAACAUGUUAAGAAAAUUUGAGAGCUGUUGUUAAAUAAAGUACUGCAGUAUAUGUUAAUGUGAACAUAAUUUAUUCAAGCAGAGCAUUAGUAUGUCUUUGUAAGUAAGGACUGCAGAAGCAAUGCAUAAACAUUAACUCAGUGUUCUGUUUUGUUUUUUUUUUCAAAAAAUCCUUCCUCACCAGUACUAGAUACUACUACUAGCUGCUGAAAAGCAUGUAUGACUUUCCACACAUAUAUGACUUGAAAUAAAUGGAAAUCUGAGAAGGGGGAGAUAUUCCAAAUUAUUGUAGUUAUUCUAAUGUGCAGCUGAAUACUUCAAAACAAGAAACAAAAAAUGUAUUGAAGCUCUACUUAUUAAAGGUCUUACUAAGUAUUCAUUCUGCUUGUAAUGAGUCUAGGCAGAUUUUCACUUAUGCCUGCGUUGUAGGUCUUGAAGUCAUUCAUUUAUUUUUGCCUGAUUACAGGGAGUAGCAUCAGGUUGAUGGUGUUCUCAGAUCUAAUUGGCCAUGUUCAUGCAUGAGGUCUCUCAUGCACUGAUAUAAUUUGUCAUAUGUGAAAAGUUUGGGAGGUAGUCUACUUUCUCUGUGUGAUACCUACUCUCAAAACAAAUUUAUAGUUAACUAUAUUUCUAUACCUUUCUGUAUUGGUUUUGGGUUUCCUCCUUAUAAUUUAACAUUAAGAACAAACGGAAAAUGGAAUUGAGUUAUUAGAGCAAAUUUAAAAUUGUUUCUAUUAAUGUUAUAAUGGCCAGACUGUCCUUCUUUUUCACAGAAGACUUAAAAUGUAAGAAGACUGAAUUAAGAAAAAAAAAAUCUUCAAGGAUUUCAUUAUUUAUUUUAGGUUAAAUUCAUUAUUUUUCAACAUUUAAUUGCAGCAGUCACGUUCGAAAGUUUUGCUGGAAAGACUGGAUAAUCUUAGAUCUGUGGUUAUAAGAACUUCAUGUUUAUAGUUUAAGUUAUUACAGAUUAUUACCAGUAGCUGUACAAAGAGAAGGGGACAAAUAUUUGUUCUUCUUCACUCAGAUGCAACAGACUGACUUCUGUAGUGAUCAAGGAGGAGGUCAGCUACUUCACAGAGAUGUCUCAGAAAACUGUGUCCAGAACAGAAGAGAAAUAACUGGAGUCACGGCAUUUCUAUUUGAUGACUUAGGGAAGCUGGCAGAAUUAGAGUUGGAGCUUUUCAGGAGGGAAUAGAGGAAAGUGCAGGUCCUCUGCAGCACUGUGCAGGACUUCUGGUUUGUACAGGACCCCAUGAAGGUACGUACCUUCAUUACAUCUUCUUGGAGGUCUGCAACAAAAUGCCUAUCAAAUCAGGGAAGGAUCUGAGUUUUAUUUUAUUUUGUGGGCUCUUAAUUACCAUUUCCUGUAAGUUCUGGAGUUUCAGGUACAACACGACGUUCAAAGAAGAUAUGUAACAAGGCAAGCUUAAAAGGUCACAUCUGUGAUGACUAUCCUUUUAUCAGUGCAAAUAUUAGUAACUGCUUGACAAAUGAAAUUACAAGCCACAGCAGAUGUGCUCGGCAGGUUAGAAGUCAGACUGGACACUCCUGCUUUCAGUUUAGAUGUCUAUUACUACUCUCUACCAUUCCUUGUCCAAUCGUUUUUUUCUUAAUGUUUGAAACUAAGCAGUUAGUACUAUUGUUUAGUUGUCACAAUAUAAGGAAAAAAAAUUGAGCUAUAUUAGAGUUGCAAACACUAGUGAAAAUUAACCAGCAAAGCUAAGCUGCAGAAAUUCUGGAAGUACAGUGAACCAUUUGUCAUGAGGUAAUGAUCUUCUGCUGUGAUUUCAACUCUCUUCAUACCCAGACAAAAAUCCAGAGGUACCAAUCCUACAUUUCCCCUUGCAUUUACAUCAUUUCUACUAUGCCAUGUCAACAUUUUUCUAACAUGAUUGGCUUAGAGAACAGAUUUUUGCAUGUUGCCUCACAAGGUACUGUCUUUAAAAGUGUUUUUAUUUAAGAUUAAGACAAGACAAGAAAUGCUGUUUUCUUAACUGCCUGCAAUUUUGGGCUGCUGCAGAAGCAAUUUGCUCUGUAUCUUUCUACUGCACCAUUUGUCUCUCACCAUUUUUGCACAUAUGUUAAGGCAUGCACACACACACACACACACAAGAACAUUGUAUUUAUGACUAUUAUAUAUAUAUUUAGAUACUCAGACAUACACAUAAUAUGUACAGACAUAUGCUAUGCCUGGGUGUAUAAAUAUGGAUUUGUUCAGCCCUAUACCGAUCUUUUGCUCUAGAUUUAUGCAUCAUUUCUGUUCCACUUACACUCCACAGAGAGAGAAAAGAUAUAGAAUAUUUUUUUAUUUUUAUUUUUUAAGAACUGUGUUGUCAGUAUUGGUGAGAGCAUCUUUUCAAUAAUGUAUGUUCUUUGACAGCCUCUGUGCUAGAAUACAAAGAUUAACAUAACUCCUGGAAGUGGACACAAUGCAGUGAAAUAUAAUUCCAAGUGCACAAAGCACAACUGAGGAGUCAUUUUAUAGCAGGACUGAGUGGUUGCUGAACUACAGACAGAGGAGAAUGUGGGAAAAGUCAGUAUAUAACAAAAACUCAGUAUGAAUAAGCAGGGAAAAAUCAGGUGUUUCGAUAUCCUUUGAUAUCCUAUCUUCACCUUAUGCUUCAUGAAGAACUUUUUUAUAUAUCAGAUUGUUGUGGGAUGUCCAAAAUGAGGGCCUCCCUCAUACCUGAGGGUAUACAUUUGCAUCUAACAACACAGAUGAUCAGUGUUCUCCAUCGCCCACCUUUUAUUGUCAUUUGUCCUCCUCAAUUCCUUACUCUAACUGUUCAAAAAGAUCUUGCUGAAAUGAGCCACAUUGCAAGUGUGCCAUUACAAGAAGACUUAGAAAUUUGCAAGUGUUUGCAAUUUUGGAUGUUCUCUAUUUUCAGCAAAUAUGCAAGGAAUGUCACACGUGGCAACAGCCUUGACACCCUUUGCUUUGCUCCAUGAUAUUCCCCUUGCAUAUGGCUGCUGAAAUGAAUUAUGGAAACCCCACACUUUACUUCUGUUGUUCAUAUGCAGCUUAGGUAUCCUGACCCCAUAAUUAAAACAAACAAUAAUGUUAAAUUCAAGGACUGGGAGCAGGAGCUACUGGCCUAGGGUCAAUUACUGUAUGCCUAGCCAUGUGGUAGCUAGCCUACAAGCCAAACUCUGUAUGCUCCGUAACUAGCUCCAAUUACCUAUACUACUGCUUUCUGAGCCAACCCUGAUGGAAAAACAAGAUCACUCCUCUUGUACCUACAAGCAUAUCUACCCUUUCUUUCCUGAGGUCAUAAAUUGGAAUAAAGAUAUUAUCUCUCCCAAGGUGAGGAGGAAAGGAUGGGGGACAGAGGUUCUACUUUUUUCUACCCUCCCCCUCACCCCCCCAAAAAAAAAAAAAAAAAAAAAGGCAAGUCAUCCACGGAAUACCUUAAGAACAGACUCCUUCACUGACUUUCUUUGUGCUAAACAGGCUCUUGUAGUUGUGACGCUUCCCUACCCCCCCAAGCUACCCUCCUUCUGCCAAAUAUGUUAACUUUGCAGUUAAAAUGACUCUUGUUCAUGCUUAUAUUGCAGUUCUGAAGGUUCAGAGAUUCUGCUCUGUACCAUGCAUGAAGAAAUGUUACAAAACAAAGUAGCUGCUUUUCCUGUAAAAGAUUUGUGAAAUAGUAACUUGCUUCUCCCCAAAAGUCCCUAUGCAUUCUUACAAGCAACAACAAAUAUGGUACAAAUUAAACUUUUGUAGAAGUGGUUGAAAUCAGAUACUUAAAGCAAACAAUUCCAGGCUAUGGGAUAGCCUCCCUGUACAGGUACGUGUUACUUUAAUUCUUAGUUGUUUAUUUGCGUACUGUGUUUUUUGCAGGACUCCUGCCUUAUUCGUUGCUCGAGAUUUCAUGCAAAUCUGCAAACCUGAUAUACCCCUCCUUUAAAUACCUGCCAGUGCAAUUUAAAAUAUUUUUUAUUAUGGGUUUUCAGGGUUUGUUUUAACCCAUAAUAUUGCAUGCAUAUUACUAAAUCUUUCUCUUAUAUUCAGAAAUAGAAAUGUAUAUAUAAAUUGCACAUUAUCUUAGAAUUUGCUGGUAAAUGUCAUUGUUUUUCAGCUAGAGUUCAUCCCUGCUAGUAAAUGAAAUUAUAUGAGUAACAAAUUUCCACCUAGUUUCUAAAGUUUCUGUAAUAGGCUACUCCAAACUUCAGAGCUAAAGCAAUAUUUGUGGAAAAAAAAAAAAAAAAAAAAAAAAAAAAGGAUUUGGAAGACAGAAACUGUUUGUUCAAAACGCAUUUAAAAUAAGUAUGGGUCCAAACAUAAAAAAUCUGUUCAAAUAUGGGAUAUUUAGAUGUAAUUGUAGUAAAUAUGCAAAAGAUCUGUAUCUGAGCAACAUUUUCUAUCUGUGGGAUUUAAUUAGAGUAGCUGAUUAUUUUAAAGGCCUGUAUUAAUAGACCACUGGUAAUUUUCUGUCUGGAUUGAGAAGAAUGAAUAUUUGAUAGGUACAUUUUUUUCCAGCUAUAUAUCUAUAUAUUUUCUAAAUUAGAAUUACUCUUUUUUUUUUUUUUCCUCCCAGUGAUACCAAUGUCUGCUAAGUCGCAGCAAAUUAUAUUCAUUAUUCAGAGAUAAAGUUCUGCAAGCCUCAAUAGUUUAGCAAACAGAGUUUGAUCAGGAGACAAUAUUUAUCAGUGUUUUAAAGGCUGAUCUUAAUUUAAAAUUGUAAAGUUAUUGUUGAAUUGUUACAUUGAUUGUAAAAGGUGAUAGGUACUCAUGUGGAUGUAGCUUUUGACGGCUGUUGAAGAAUGCGAUUGAAAUAACCAUAAAAAAUAGAAAAGUUAUGAGUAAAGCACAAACAUCAUUAUUACCCUGUUGGGUACAGAGUAUUAUAUGCCUGAAAUAACAAGAACUUCCUUAUGUUAGAAUUUACUGCUUGCUCUAAAAUGCAGCUGUAUUUUCUAAUGAACAUUAUGAUCUUCACAAUUUUCUUCGGAGAAUAUUUCCCAUAAUUGUUUAAAACUUGUGUUUCAGAAACCAUCCACUUUAGAAAGGUUUAUUAGUCAUGUUAAAUUCCAGUCCUUUAGUUUAUUAGCUGCUCCCAGACCUGACAGUUCUUUGGUUAUUCUCUCUUGGAUUUGCUCACGUUUUUUCCUUUUGUUUUUCCUGCUUGAUUGGAGCAGAUCGUGGGGAGUAUAUGUUGUAUUUUUCCAUUUUCAGGUUCUUCUCAGGGCAAGAGGGAGAGAGAAAAAAUAUGACAGGUCCUUUCAUUUCUCUGCUGAUGACUCCAGAGCAGUUUGCAGGCAGCCCCAUGUGCACACCUGAGCAGUAAAGCAGGUGCCGUGAAAGGGGGGGAUUACAACAGCAUAAUGGACCAUCACCAUGCCUUUCAGUGUCACACUACUUUCCACGUCUCCAACUUCCAAUCUGACAUGUAUCAGCAAAAGGAUCAGUGUUGAUAAACACAACUCUAGAGUGUUUAUGAGCCCUUUGGGCAACAUGAACAACACAGAGGAGUUUUAAACCUGGUUUAUGAAUUUAGCUCCAUAUUCUUUGGUUCCUGUUCACUACCUACAUGCACUCUAUAUUUCAAAACAUUCUAGGACUAUAAAUUAAACUGACAAAAGUCAAAGCUUUUGGAACUUACAAAGGAAUCAGAGUUAAAGUCUUCAGCUUUUACAUAUUAUAUAAUAGUUUAUAUUUAUAUUUUAAUAGGAAAUCCAUAUCCAUUAAGAGUACUUGAGUUUAAUAAAGAUAUUAGCAAAACGUGGAUUGCACAGGAGUUUAAAAGGGCUGGAAUGAUCUGUGGAUCACAUUACUGACUUCUUGAGAGAGAAUUAUUCUAGCAGAGUCAACAAGCUCUGGACUGAAUCCUGAAUGCAGAAACAUAUCUUUAGCCAACAACAUAUUAACUCCACUGUCAAAUUAGAAUAAUUUAUGUGCAAAGUCAUCGAGGUCAGUUACGUUUUUUUUUUUUUUUUUUUUUUUUCCUGUAAAUUCAUCUAUAAAAUUCUAACCUUCAGUGUCAUCUAGUGCAAAGAAAAUAGAAAGUUGGACAUGAAAAUGCUAGUGGUCCUAAGUCUUCAUGUAGACUGAUUGUGCUUAUAAGGGACUAAGGUCCUUUACUGGCCUACUUGGGAUAACCAAUAUGUAAAAGCUGGGCAUUUAUAUUAUUUUACCUUAUACAGCUGUAUGACCUCUACUGAAAAGCAGUAGCUUCACCUAUCUCAGCAGGAGAUAACAGCCUGGCUCACCAUUUUAGCAAAAUAUUUCUUUAACCUUAAUGUAUCUACUCCACAGGAUCUUAGUAAAGAUAUACAAACUACAGUGGAAAUAUAUCAUCACAGUCUUUUCUUAAAAUCAUUGUGCAUAGAAAGGAAACAACAGUUAUAUGUAAAGCCAAGAGGUCAUUAUUAGUACAAUUAAAACAUUAACAGUCUAACUAAAGAGUUAGUUGGCAUCUAACUAAAACA